AUGGUUGCCAAGCAGUUUUACCUGCUGGGAGAACCCAGCACAUCAGCACGGAAUGUCGAGUUCGACGAACAGCUGGGCCUGGAAGGCCUACAGCAUUGGAUUGCGGGCCACUUUGCCAUUGUCGAGCCCAACGGCAUCGGCUUCCAAUCCUCCGACAAUGCCCUCAACAUCUCCGACAUCCUCUCCACAGAAGAGCCCAUCGCCAUCUCAAUAGAUGGCAAGCCCGUCCGCGAGAUCCCCGGCCCGAAAGGUCUCCCCGACUCUUCGAGCAAUACGGCCCCCCUCAUCCAAACCACCAACAUGGGCCGCACCAUCUACCAGACCAACGACCCCGCGCUCUCCGCAAUCGUCUUCGCUGAAUCCGACUUCUUCACCAAGAAAAUCAUUGAAGCCCACCCGCUGUACCCAAUCAAGAACAAAGAAGCGGGCGUCUUCCUCGGCGACACCGACACCCCCGAAUGGCGCGCCGCCCACAAGUUCCUGCCCCCGGCGCUCGGCCCUAAGGCCGUCCGCCACUACGCGCCGACCAUGCAAGCCACCGUCGAAGACGCAUUCAACGUCUUCGAUGCCCUCGACGAGGCCGGCGAGGCCUGGAACGUGUACCAGUACAUGCUGAAGCUGGGCGCCCAGGCUGUCGGCAAGUUAGUCCUUGGCAUCGACUUCAAGCACUUCGGCAGUCCAGAUGCGCCGCUGCAUGAGCUAGUGCAUCGGAUUGCGGAGUCGCUAACGCUGAACAAGAAGGUUGCGGCACGGGGGGAUUGGUAUGCGAACCUGCCCUUUGGAGAUCCGAAGAAGCUGCGCGAUGCGCAGCAGCGGAUUAGUGAAAUGGUGGAGGAGUCAAUUGCGAAUGCGUCCAGCGGAGGGGUGGAGGAUCUACCGUUGCAGGAUGCGGCAUUGAAGGCGACGCAUAUGAUCGACUACGCCAUCCGCGCCGUAGACAACAAGGGGGAGAAGCUGCCCAAAACCAGCAUCAUGCAAGCCCUCGUCGUCGCCACCGGCGCCGGCUUUACCACCACCAGCUCCCUCCUCUCCUGGCUCAUCUACGCCCUCGUUACCUACGACGGCAUGCAAGAGCGGCUCCUCCAAGAGCUCAUCGACAACGACAUCGACGCCAACACCCAAAUCACCGCCGACCUCACCGACAAGCUCACCUUCCUCGACCACUUCAUCAAAGAGACCCAGCGCCGCCACAACCCAUCCUACCAGCCCGCACGCACAGCCAAGGUCUCUAUGAUCCUGCCGGGCGGAUACAAGCUGCCCGCCGACGCCGUCAUCAUCCCGGCGCUGCACCACCUCCACAACAACCCGGUUGUGUGGGACAACCCGGCGCGCUUCGACCCAGACCGGUGGGACACCGACGCCGUGCGGAAUCGCCACAAGGCGGCGUAUAUUCCCUUCGCGGCGGGCCCGCGCAUGUGCAUCGGCUUUAACUUUGCCUUGCAGGAAGUGAAGGUGUUCUUGCCGAAACUGUUGUUCCGGUACAAGUUUACGCGCGAGAACGAUGGGCCGAUCGAGUAUGAUCCGAUGUUCCAGCUGAUUCGGCCGAACAAUUUGUACGUGCGGGCUGAGCGGCGGGUGAAGUGGCCGCCGAAGACGGAUGCUUGA